AUGACUUUCCGCUAUUUGCUGGUUCUGAAUUUUUACAUUCUAUUUUGCUACUGCGAUACCAAUGUUUUCCAAUCCUGGUUUCGAUUCAUACAAAACCCGGGUAUUGCACAACUACUUUCUUUCCGCCAAGCUUCUCAAGGAGUUUUUGUAUCAGAUGCUGGAAGUCUAUUGAGAACAUAUAGUAGGGGGUUUCCAAGAGGCAUUUGGGGAACAUUUUUAUUUCCAGAUAUAUAUAAAGCGGCGGAUGCUAAUGCUUCAGGAACUUCAUUUUGGUCAAAAUAUGAAAAUAUUAUACUUGAUAAAAAUUCUAGCAUAGAACCUUCAUUUAAAGAAUUUAGAGAUAAAAUCCAUGCAGAUUUUUGUACUAAAGAUGAUUCAAAACGUUGGGAAUGUUGUGAUCAAGCUAAUCAUCCUAGUUGUUCGACAAUACCAUCAAAUGCUAAAGCAAUUCAAACAAUGAUGGAGGAUCCAGAAAUAGAUAUUAGUUUAACAUUUGCUUAUCUUUGGUGUACAAAAGCAUGGAAAUAUUUUAAACGUGUAAAUGAAACAGCGCAACAGCUACUUUUAAAUGACAUAAUCCAAGGUUGUCCAGAUCCGUGUUUUGGAAAUCCAUGUCGAACAGUUAAAGGUGUAAAAGACAAUUUGUGCACAAUAACUGGAACUUUUGAGAAUGAUUAUAAAUGUAACUGCCUUGAUGAUAUGUUAUGGGAUGAAAAUUUACUAAUAUGUCAACCAGUCAAUCCAUGUGAUAGUAAAGUUUAUAAGGCAUGUAUUCCUGAAAAUACACUACAAUGUAUUGCCUUUGAUAUUUCAACAUAUCAAUGUAUCUGUAAAUCUGAAUAUAUGGGUGUUGAUUGUUCUUUACCACGAGAUGCAUGUUUUGAACGAGUUGAUAAAUCUCAACCUAAUGGUGAUACUAACUGUCAAAUUCAAUUGGGUAAUAUUUGUCAACCUAUACUUGGAACAGAUUAUUAUACAUGUAAAUGCUUGGCUGGCUAUCAACCAUUAUUGCAUAUAUCUGAGCCUAAUUGUCUUGGACGAACUGAUCCAUGCUUAACUAUACAACUUACAGAUUUAUUAACACAGACAAGUGUAACUAAUGACAGUGAAGUAAUAAAACAACUGGAUCACAAUGAAAAUAAACCUUUAAAUCCUGAUAUUGUUAUUCAAUGGGGUUUAACAUGUUUAAAUGGUGGUCAGUGUGUUGCUUCAGCUGAUUUUACACGUGCAUCAUGUGUUUGUCCAACAGCUGCAGAUGGUUCAUUACUUUAUACUGGUCUAAACUGUGAAUAUCCAGUAGGGAUUUGGUCAACAUGGACAUUGCCUUCACCAUGUUUUCCAGAAGAUUGUGGUGUAACACGUUACCGUUGGAGAAGAAGAUAUUGUUUAAAUGGUACUACUUCAGAAGAUUUACUCGCUCAUAUGACUGAGUCGUCACCAUCAUCUACUGAAUUAAAUGGAUGGACAUAUUCACAUCGAAGAAUGCCACUUGCAUGUCCAGGAACCUCAGAAGAAAUCUUGCCAUGUCCUGAACUUGAACCAUGCUUGAAACUUCGUUUACCAGGAUAUAUGAGAGAAGAAAUUUUCAACUACAAUUCAUUAUAUUACUUUCUUUAUGUAACAAUAGUUAUAAUGACAAUUAAUUUUGGUGCCUACUUAGAAGUGAGUCGAUCAAAAUCUACCGAUUAA